CAACACCCUACAAAGAGGGUUCGACGAUCGUUGCCCUAGUUUGUGCUUCGUUUCGAUAAAUCGUUGCUGUGCCUCGAACGACCUCCGCCUGUGAUGUUCUCGCUACAUAAAUCCCCACAGUAUCACUGAGACUGAUAAGAUUAAUUCAUAAAACAACGGUACCGCACCACGGUUUUCGCUUGUGCUCUCUCGCCUUGCUUGCUCAUCGAAAGCGGAGUUGAACUUUGAGCCCCCAAACCGAACGGACCGCAGAGUGACAAACGCAGCUCUCGGGUGUGUUUGUUAAAGUGUUUUCCUCCAAAAACCGAUUGUGCCUUUUGUGUGUUCACCUGCAAACGUUCCCAAAAAAGUUAGAAAUAUGCUGAGACUACCGCAAACGCAAUGGUUAACUGUGGCCCGUGUCGGCGCUGCAAGAUACCAAUCAUCCUCGGCCCGUCCAACCACCGGUGACGAUUAUCAGUAUCUGCAGCGGUCCAAAAUUCCGAUGCUGCACUUCCAACCUUCGCUUCCCCGGUUACCGAUUCCGUUGCUGCCGAAGACCUGUGAGCGCUAUCUGGCCGCUCAGGAACCGCUCCUUUCCGGGGAUGCAUUCCAGCAGACGAAGAAGGUGGUGGACCAGUUCCGGGAAGACGACGGUCCGAAGCUGCAAACCCUGCUGAAGGAAUUUGAUGCACAGAACAAGCACACCAGCUACAUUUCGGAGCCGUGGUUCGAUAUGUAUCUGCGGGACCGUGCUCCGCUCCCGUUGAACUACAAUCCCCUGUUAAUGAUGAAUCCUGACCCACGACCCGAGUACAACGACCAGUUACUGCGUACGACCAACCUGAUUAUCAGCUCCCUACGGUUUAUGCGCUCAUUGCGAGCCCGCUGCCUGGAGCCUGAAGUGUACCACAUGAAUCCGGCCAAAAGCGAUACGGCCAAGUUCCGCACCAUUACCUCGCUGAUGCCCUCGUUCGUGUCCACGUACGCAGCAUACGCUUUCAAGGCGUUCCCCCUCGAUAUGAGCCAGUACCACGGACUGUUUGGAGCGACACGUAUUCCCGAGCUGGAGAAGGAUCGAAUUUACCGCAACGAGAGCUCUCGCCAUCUACUCGUCCUGCGAAACGGGAACAUGUACGCCGUGGAUGUCCUAGACGAGUCUGGUAACAUUGAACAGCCCGCGACGUUGAUGGGUCGUUUCGAGCGAAUUCUCAACGACGGACGAGCGCCAGCGGCCAAUCCGCUCGGUCUGCUGACGACGGAAAACCGAGACAGCUGGGCCAAAGCAAGAACCCACCUGACGCAGCUCGGAAGCAACGCUAAAUCGCUCGAGCUCGUUGAUUCCGCUCUCUUUUGUCUGUGUCUGGAUGAGUCGACAAUCGACCCGAACAAGCCGAUACCGGCCAUCAGGAACUUCCUGUUCGGAGAUGGCACCAACCGAUGGUUCGACAAAUCGUUCUCGCUCAUCGUGGGUCGGGAUGGUACCGCCGGAAUUAACUUUGAGCACUCUUGGGGUGAUGGUGUCGCGGUGUUGCGCUAUUUCCAGGAGGUUUUCAAAGAAACCACCACGGCACCGUUCGCUAACCCUGGCCUAAAGGGAACGCCGACGGAAACACGUGGCGUUACACCGAUCGAGUUCACCGUUGAUGAGGCAAUCUCGACGGCACUGAGUACGGCAGAAAACAAUCACAAUACGGUGAUCGAUUCGCUCGAUAUGAAUUUCAUGAAGUUCGAAGGCAUGAACAAAAACUUCUGCAAACAGCAGCGCAUCAGUCCGGAUUCGAUCAUGCAGCUCGGGUUUCAGCUGGCGUUCUACAAGCAGCACGGCCAGUUCGUGGGCACCUACGAGUCCUGCAGUACGGCGGCUUUCCGUCAUGGACGCACGGAAACGAUGCGCCCGUGUACGAUGGCAACGAAAGAGUUUUGCUUGGAGAGCCAACGACGAACGGGCGACCGGAAGAGUGAUAGUGAACUGCGGGACAUGCUAAACCGGUGCUCCACCGUGCACGGGCAGCUUACGAAGGAUGCCGCCAUGGGUCAAGGGUUCGAUCGGCAUCUGUUCGGUUUGCGCCACACCGCGCAGAAGAACGGUCUUCCGAUUCCGGCACUGUAUGCAGACCCAGCAUACGCAGCGAUCAACCAUAAUAUCUUAUCGACUAGCACCCUGUCCUCACCGGCCCUGCUAGCAGGAGGAUUCGGUCCGGUGGUGCGCGAUGGUUACGGUAUUGGGUACAACAUCCAGGACGGCUACCUUGGCGCGGUCGUCUCGAAUUACCGGCCACACCGGAAUGGCCCCGAGUUUGUCGAUUGCCUGCGAGAGGCGUACGAAGACAUUUCCAAAGUACUGAGAGCCACCGGACCGCCACCAAAGGGCAAGUGAAUAUAUUGAGGUGGUGACUGUUAUAAAUUCCAUUCUGAUUGUUCGUUUCGUUUUCACCUGCUGGAUUGGUUAUUAAGUUUUCAACAAUCGAUUUGUAGCAACUAUUUUUAUUUGUGGUAGGGAUUUUCGAACGCUUCUUUUCAUCAAAAAUGCUGAUCAGGGCUGUUUGUAAUAAAGAUUUGUAAUCAA